CUGCUGCGCUUAGUCCGCCCCAAAUGACAUCAACAGAGGAAGAAGAAGCAGAACCUGAGCAGCAGCCGGUUUAACGCCAACAAGAAAAUGGACACGAGGUUCACUCGAGGGAAAUCCAACAUCUUGGAGCGGCCUCUGACCCGACCCAAGACGGAGGUCAGCGUGAGCGCCUUCGCCUUGCUGUUCUCUGAGAUGGUCCAGUACUGCCAGAGCCGAGUGUACUCCGUGUCCGAGCUGCAGACCCGGCUGGCAGACAUGGGCCAGAGCGUGGGAGCCAGCAUGCUGGAUGUGCUGGUGCUGAGGGAGAAGAACGGGAAGAGGGAGACCAAAGUGCUGAACAUGCUGCUCUUCAUCAAGGUCAAUGUGUGGAAGUCUUUGUUCGGGAAGGAGGCGGACAAGCUGGAGCAGGCCAACGACGACGACAAGACCUAUUACAUCAUAGAGAAAGAGCCGCUUAUCAACGCGUACAUCUCUGUGCCGAAGGAGAACAGCAGCUUGAACUGUGCCGCCUUCACGGCGGGCAUCGUGGAGGCCAUCCUCACUCACAGCGGCUUCCCCGCUAAGGUCACUGCUCACUGGCACAAAGGCACCACUCUGAUGAUCAAGUUUAACGAGUCAGUCAUAGCCAGGGACAAGGCUUUGGAUGGCAGAUAAGAAGGACUGAGGGGGAUGAAUGGUUAUCUCAGCCGAUAACGGAUGAGGACGAAUCGCCAAAGCCCCGGCUGGUGUUUGUUCCUGAGGUGUGGGUGGCUGAUUUUCCUCGUGAUAACUGAUGAGAUGACUUUGUGGAUGAAUGACUGCGCCGCACUGAGCCACAUGUAGAGCAGAACAGAUGCAGCUAUUUGGUUUUGUGGAUCAUCUCUCACUUGUUAUACCUCAUGGAGUCGCAUGAAUUUGUUUCGAUCACUUUGCAGUUUUUUGGUUACAUCACAGAUAAAAGAUUUCCACCUCAACAUUCAGCUGGUUCCAUGAGUGAAUCUCAGAUGUUUCGGCCCACCUUAGUCACCAUAUUUUAAUUAAACAACAUUUUGGGCUCUUUAUAGACUAAAUAAUGAUUGAAAUAUGGUCCAAUUAUUUAAUGAUAUAAAUCAAAUAAAGUUAAAAGUUAAACUGAACAACAACCUACUACAUGGUGGCCAACAAAGUCACACAUCCUUCCUUUUUGAUGAUGUUCAUUAAAAAUAGUCUCAUGAUAUCUUUUGAGCUGCAAAAUGUUUUAUUUUCCAUUUUUUCUGUUUCAUUCCAGUUCAAUCUCAGCUUUCAUCUCAGUAAGAUAACGUCAUAAUCUGGGCCUCGGCUAUCGCUGAGGACUCUGAGGUUGUUUUCUUAUACUUCUUUUUAUUUUUUCUUCAUGUGUAAAUCUGAGGUGUCUAGUAACACGAGGCAGUUUACAUUCUCGGAGCAUGUUUUGGAACAUAUGACUGCUUUUAAGGCAACGGAAAAUAUGACUUCAGCAUUUCACUGCCAGGAUUUGAUUUGAAACAUUCGGCAAGAAAAUGUACAGAGCAGAAGUCGACAGUUCACAAAAUAAAUAAUAUGCAAAAGAAAA